AUGGAUACUCUUCACGCACCAACCGUGCCCUCUGGGCCGACAUCAAAUUUCACCCAGAGAAACGGCGACGCAGGGAAGCAGAGCUUCGCAGAACUGCAGCGCAAGAAGGACGAUAUGGAGGCAGAACUCAAAGCUUUGGGAAGCGUCCUUGAUUCGCACGGCGUCGAUAUGCAAACGCCGCUAUUGACUAGAGAUGGCUUUCCACGAGCAGAUCUCGACGUUGCUCAGAUCCGUACAACAAGAGCGCGUAUCAUCCGCCUACGUAAUGAUUACAAGGAACUUAUGACGGCGAUAGAAAAGUAUCUUCACGAACACUUUGCAAACAUUCAAGAUGGGGAUGAAGCUCCUAGUACAGCUGGGGAUGAGCUUCGAAUUCUACCGGAUUCCCAUUCCGAACAGCUGGAUGAGCCGUUUGCAAAGGUCAACACCGUCGCGGCAAACAGUCCAGCGCAACAGGCUGGCUUACAAGCCGGCGAUGAGAUUCGCAACUUUGGCUAUGUGAACCGAUCAAAUCACGAUGGUCUCAAAAAGGUGGCAGAGUGUGUUCAGGGUAAUGAAGGAAGAAAUAUCUUUAUCAAAGUAUCUCGGCCUGAUGGAGUUGCUCGCCGACAGGAGCUGAGAUUGACUUUGACCCCAAGGAAAGACUGGGGUGGAAGGGGAAUGCUAGGCUGUCACAUUUUGCCUCUGUAG